AUGUUACCAACCAGUCCGCGACCGGUCGAGCCACCCACCGCUGCAAGUGGGCCACCAUCAUAUCACCGGGCGCAUAGUCUUGCUGGGACAGAGCCAACGGCAGAAGCCGCACAAACCCUUCUUAGCAUAGCUGCCAACAACGACGUCUCUGGUCCAGCUCAUUCGGAGCUGCAACGCAGCGGGCCAUCAGCAGCGGGUGUUCCUUCUGCUGUACCCGCAACGUAUGCAGCCCCCGUCCGCGUCGACACGGCCUGGAGGUUGCUUGAUCCGAGAGAGUCUCAGCAGCCAAAGGACUAUUUGGUGCGAACUGCCGAGCAGGCCUUGAAAUACAUGGAUGUAUCUGCGAAUCAACCGCCCACCCCAAUGACGCAACAUGUCGUACUCACCAUACCGCCACCAAUAUCGAUACACCCACGCCCAAGCUGGCUGGCGCCCGAUAUCAUGCUCGUCAAGGUAGCGACAGGACAGAUCGUGCCAUUCGCGUGGUGUUCACCUGACACGGCCAGCAUCUACUCCAGGCCGCCAGAGCCCAGUUAUGCUCGGGGCCUCGAACUUGCGGACAACAAGGAGUUGAUGGCACCACUGAUGCUCGAGUCCUGGGCAGAAUUCGUUGCGCGGCAAAGGAAGAUCCGUCCUGAUGGUAAGCUAAUCAAGACAUCCACGCUUGACAAGGAGUUCGUUGAUUGGACGGAGCAUCCAGAUACCCUGCCGCACUGGGUAGUGCCUGAGGAGGCGUACACUGACGACGAAGGGGUUGACUAG